AUGCUUGUAUGGGGCAUUUUUGUGUUUGCGUGUGGGUUUGAAUACCUUUUCAAGUUGAUGUCCUCAAUCCUCCUACUACGGAGCCGACAAACUCGACGACAAACGGCCAGCUUUGCGUCCAGCCGACCGAUACCUCAGUCCGCGCAAGCUGUAGCAGAACACGACGCUUAUCGAGAGCACUACCGCUACCUGUGCGGUAAGGGGCUUAAUCAGACACAUCCACCUUCGCAGGGGGCACAAACUUGCUAUCAGGCUUCCAAUUAUCUGAGCCAUCAUUGUCAUCAUCAUCACCAAGUACAUAAGCCGCAGCCGCCACAGCUUCGGGGGGAGGCUCGUGAAUUUCAACCAUCUCAUUCGUGCGGACACAACAGCUUCGGCGAUAUUCAUCAGCACUUGCAUCCACCACAUCAGGCCAACCCAACCCAGCAUAGCCAUAAGCGUGGUGAAUCACUGCAUGCGAAAAAAACGCAGCAGCAGAAUCACCAAUAUGAUGGGCAGCGCCGCCACAAUCAGCAGCAUCGAACUCACCAGAGCCGACAGUAUGUAUCUUCAGCAUACCUUGAUCCGAGCCAGCAAAAUGGGUUUCUGCCUGGUUCAACAGGUGACGGCCCGUCGGCCGGGCAAGACGACCUUCCAAGCGGUAGCGAAGCGAAAGAAGAAGACGGAGUUCGGUCUCACUUGGUCUCUUCCACGCGUUAUCAAACCAGCCUGAAGUUACCCAUACCGCCUCCGUCACGGCAACCAACCCCAUCUUCCAAGAGGCUCCGUGCGACAACUAAAACCAUGGUAAUGGUCUCGACGACUGACUCGAGACGAAGGCCUCCGAUUCGCCGGCUCUUCCUUCGAGAUCCAGACUCCCAACUACAAAGAAGCUCACUACGGAAGAUUCCGAGCUCGAAUCACUUGAUACCCGUGUCCCUAACUAGAGUCCGAGAGGAUGAAUACCAGCCGCAUGGUGAAUUAAGCGCGCGUGCUCAUCGCCACCACCAUUGCCACCAUCGGCAAAAGCACUAUUAUCAUCAGUUACAACAGCAUCAUCCGUCACAGAAUCAUCAAGAAAAUCGAAAGCAGAACGCAAGUACGGCUGUCUCUGUUGGGCUCCGAGGAUCUAUGGGCAAAAACCACGCACUCACGACAGGCCGAAAAGACGACAAAGCGCUGAAAGUGCUGCGUUUCCUUACCGGCUGGAGAGCCAAUACGGGGCCAUCGGUAGCCGUAUCAAGCCAUGAGAAUACCUCAUCAUCAGACAAGCCACUAAAACAUUCCCUGACUGCCUGCAAGUGUUUGCUUUGUCCUCAAUGCCCUCCUUCAAGGCAGAGCGGAUCAGAACGACGAGAGCGAAAGACACUCGGGUUCCAG